GACACCUUUCACUUAAUUUUCUCCACUAGCUAGCUUUCCUUUUUUCUUUUGUUCCUCCCAAGAAGAAAAUAGCCCAUCAUUAAAUAUUUCUGGGUUUUUCCUCCUAAAGAAUUCUCAUUCAUCAAAACCCUCUUUUAAGGAUUUGCUUUUCUUCCCAAUCUGCAUGUAGAGGAUCCAAUCAAACCAAAAGUAAUGUCUUGGGAACCCAUUCUUUGGUUGAUAUUUUUAGCCAUUAACAUUGCCCUUAUUUCAUUACUCAUCUAUCAGAUCGUUUGCUUAACAGAUUUGGAAGCUGAUUAUAUGAACCCUUAUGAGUCUUCAUCUCGUAUCAACUCUGUUGUCCUUAAAGAGUAUAGCUUACAUGGUGCAUUCUGCAUCCUAUUCCUUCUCACAGGGCAUUGGUUUAUCUUCUUGCUAACACUUCUUCCUGCUUACUAUAAUGUGAGAAAAUUCUUAAGCCGGCAGCAUCUAAUUGACGUGACCGAAGUUUUUAGGUUCAUUGAGUCUGAGAAGAAGAUUCGGAUAUUGAAGCUGGGUUUCUACUUGGUCCUCUUCGUGCUAGUGCUUGUCAGUCUGGUCCUAUCUUUUAUCAACGCACUAGUCGAUGAAGAUGAAGCUAUUGAUUUUGGUUCUUUACCAUUGCCUAGUUUCUUUUGAUGUAUAUUUUCCAGUUCUUGGUCGAGAUAGCUGAGGUCUGAUGAACCAACAUAGCCCUGGAAAUUCUCUACUUGAACUGUGAGCUAACUUGUUUACUGUUGAUUCUAUCUGGUUAAUUUUUCAGCAAACCGUGUCAGGGUUGACUUUUGGCCGUCUUUUUAUCAUUACAUUAUUCACCAUCACUUUUUCUAUCAGUUUCAUGCACUUGUGCUUUUAGUUGUGGCAGUUGAAUGUCCACAAGAGCUAUGCCACUUUGUAAAUGUCCUGUAGACUUGUAAUAGAAACCUCAUUUUGUCUCCCAGAUUGGAGAUUUUUUUUUUUUUAUAGCAAUGUUUAGCAUGAAGUAGUUAAGUUAGUGCAGAAGGCCCUGUGUCCUACUGAAAUCUUCAGCUAUUCUGUUAGAAAGAAAUGGUGAGGUACAGUUGGUUGUGUUAUGACUAAUGUGUGAUAAAAGACUCUUUAUCCUCGGACUGUUGUUACUAUCUUGUUACUAAUCAUAAUUGAAAAUACUAUAUUGAUCAUUUUGAUA